CACUUUCAUUCUGUCUAACGCUGCCAUAUCCCGGCGCCGGCCGCGCUGCACGUUGCUCCCGGUAACCGCUGCGCGUGGAGCCGAGUGAACAUCAAAUCUGUGACAAAUCACAACUUUGACCCUUCCGAGCCCUUGUGACGACAUCACUUCCAUCUCAGACACGAGUGACUUCUGGGCGCCACGACCCAUGGCAUUCCAGCCAAUGGGACGCGAGUGAGUGGUAGCCCCGCCCCCUAGAGCUGUCACAUGUCACCAGAUCGAAAGUAACAAAAGGAGAGACUGCUGACCCCGAACCAGCCGUGAACAUGCCGAUUAACGUGGACGACAUCCUGUGCCUUCUGUGCCACUUGUCGACGGAGCAGAAGAUGAAGGUGGCCAUAAAGCAUUCUGCCAGGGGGGCCGUGGCUGCCGGUGCUGGAGCCUUUGUAGGAGGAUUGCUAGGAGGACCCCCGGGGAUAGCCGUGGGUGGCGCUCUAGGGGGCGUUCUAGGAGCCUGGAUGGCGAACGGACAGUUCAAGUCUGUUCCCCAGAUCCUGAUGGAGAUGCCGCCCGUGCAGCAGCAGACGCUGUGCGAGCAGAUCUACGCCAUCAUCCGGAACCUGGACUGGACGGACGCCACGCAGCUCAUCAUGCUGGUCUCGGGCAAUGCCGCUUUACAACAGCGGGUGGCAGCAGCGCUCAUCGGAUACGUGACACAGGAGCUGAAAGCCGAAAUCCAGUACGGAGACUAGUCUGCAGCGCCAGUGGUCACAUGACCACGUGGUUCGCCGCCACGGAGGGACUUUAGGAUAAUGACUGUGAAGACUGACUGAUGUAACAGUAUGGCGCUGCCUGCAAUCUGCCACAGGGGGCGCCGUACACGGCACAAACUAGCCAAAAGACGAUGCCACUGACAGAAAUAGAAAAAUAUAUAUAUAUUUUUGGGUUUAAAUUGCUGACCUUGUGCUAAUCUCAGGAUCGGACGCACAGUGUCUGAAUUCGCGCAACUGCGGCGGCCUUAGAAACUGAACUGCGCAAUAUGAUUUGCUCUAAUUGCAGCAAACGUCAUGUGACAUUUACCGUUUAAGAGCUCAUGCACAAGUGUAUUUUUUUUUUUUUUACAGGUCCAUAUGCGGAACCAUUAAUUUCAAUGGUGCUUGAAAAAAAACGGAAAUGACUGUACAUCUGCAUGUCUAUUCCGCCCC